UGAUUUUGCAUUUCGGGACGGCUGCAUUGUUUACAAUGCAGCUCUCCUCCCUGUCAGUUUGAGCAAACUGGUCCAGAUAGCUGAGCUCAGCCUUUCCGGAUCAGUGUGCUUACAGUAAAGCACACAUCCCCCGCCCCCCUAGUGAAACACUAUCAUCACACAGUUAACCCUUUGAUUGCCUUCUAAUGUUAACCCCUUCCUCCCCAGUGCCAUUAGUACAGUGUCAGUGCUUUUUUUUUUGCACUGAUCACUGUAUUGGUGUCACUGGGGAUGUCAGUGACCCCAAGUCAGUUCCCCCCAGUGUCAGAAUGUCUGCAUAAGUCGC